AUGCGCUUGAACCCCUCUGCUAGGGUUUCAGGGGAAGAUGGUGCGAGGUCGGCGGCGACGGGUCUAGAGGGAGCGACAGGUGCUCGCGACGGUGGCUUCGUGGAUGGCGAGAUGGAAGGCGGAGCUCUGGUUGGCGAAUCAAACGGUGUUCCAGGCGGAUUCAACGGCGGAAGAAGGAGCUGUUACUCUGUUUUUAUCGAUGGGAUUGAAGAUAAGGUUUAUUACUUACAUCUUCGCCAUCUCUGCUCGAAGUUCGGUAAGGUUCUCAAUCUCUUCGUCCAACGGCAGAGAAAGAGUGGAAGGAUUUGGCGGUUUGGCUUUGUGCGCUUCGGGUUGCGAGAACAGGCGCUGAAGGCGGUUCGAGGCCUGAAUGGGUUUCGUUUGGGGAACGCUUCCCUGGCGGUUUCCAUGGCCAGAUCCCCUCAGGGUUGUGGUUCCUCUUCGAACGCUGUUGGGUUUGGGCCUCAGGUCGUUUCUGCUCCUGGGCAGAGAUGCUUUGGUUCUUCUCUUUCCUAG